AGGAACUGCUAAAUUUGAAGUCGAGUUAAAAUUCGUGAAUUAUAAUAUCGACGAUAUGUUUGAAAACAAUCGCUUCGACGACGUGUUGGAGAUAUUUCGGGACAAACUGUGGAAAGAGAGUCGAGACGUGUAUAUCACUCAAAUUGCUUCACCUCUUGAUGUCGGCGGAAGAUUGCCAUUAGAUCCGCGAGAAAAAGAAGGUGUUAUUAUAAGGAUCGGUAGUAUAGAUGACUAUACGCGAGAUAUACUAGACCUGGAGCGAGAGGUGGAUCGCAUUAAGAAUCGUAAUCCCUGUCCCCGAAAAUAUAAAGCAACGACCGCUGAGUAUAUGUUUAGAAAUAAAGGCUUUUACAGCGAUUGGUGUAGUUUUCAACUCAUUCGUGCCAGCUCAAUUGGACAGCCAGUGGAACCGGUACUGAAAACCGAUAUUCCCGUAUCAUUUGCACCCAAUGACGACAAUUUCUAUGACAAUUACAAGCCUUUCGGACAGUCGUAUCCGAGUCGUGAUUAUACGGUCGAUCUAAUAGUAUGUUUCGCCAUCCCUUUCCUAAUCGCAGCGAUGAUUGUCUCGUCUCUGACGUGUAUUUUCUUCUAUAAUAAUGAAGACCUGAGUAAAGGGUGUAAUGAGACACCCGUCCAAUUAGAGCAGUAUAAUAGCAUAAGUCGGGCCACACUUAGACUCAGAUCUUUAGCACAGAAUCGUUAUUAUUCUGUGGCAGAUGUAUACAGUCUAUCCUCACUUCCGCCAAAACUACCCCUACAUAUCACAGGAACGUCUACUUUGCCUAAAGCCAUGUCGCUCGCCAAGUAUGUCAUCCGUCUGUUUCUCACAUAA